AUGUUGAACAAAUUAACAGUUUUCUUGUUACUAGUGAGUGGCGUUAUAAGUGCUUCUAAAAAUUUAACCAGAAUAGGGGGAGGAAUAGCUUCUGAGAGAAAUUCUAGACCAUUUCAAGUAGGACUUUUACUUCGGGUUGGUGAGGAUGGUGAGUUAGGAUUCUGCGGCGGAUCGCUUGUACACUUACAGUGGGUGUUAACGGCAGCCCAUUGUUGUUAUCACGGAACCGAGGAGGUUACGAAUGUAGAGGUGAUAUUAGGAGCUCACUCUCUGUACGAUCGUUAUGAGAACGGUCGUCGGCUCAUGACUGUUAAUCAGAUCAUGGUACAUCCCGAGUGGAACCCAGAUACAUUCGCUAACGAUCUCGCUCUACUGAAGUUGACUAACACCGUACAAGCAUCAGAUUCCAUACGUAUUGUUCGUCUUCCCUAUCUAAGAACAGUGUCAUCUAAUUUCGCCGGUCAGGCGGCCACGGCUUCUGGCUGGGGUAUAGCAGCUAAUGGCGUCACGUUCGUCUCUCCAACUCUUCGUAUGAAGACCUCCACGGUGACGACCAACACUUAUUGCAGAUCUUUAUUCAGAAGUAACUUGCCAGAUAACAUUAUAUGCACUUUCAGUACUCAGGCUAGUACUUGCAAGGGCGAUAAUGGUGGACCGUUGACUGUGUUUACAAAUGACACAGAAGAAAUCAUACUGAUCGGCGUAGCGUCCUUCAUAGAAGCUGACGGCUGUAACACAAACUUACCGAACGUGUUCACAAGAGUCCAACAUUAUCUGACUUGGAUCAGUGAAGUCACGGGAAUCACACUAGAUUGA